CGAACAGCCUCCUCCUCCGUAUAUAUACCCCAUACCCCGCUCAACAGAAGUACCACAUCUAAACCUCAUCCCUCCCUCUCAGACCCCACCAAAAUGUCCCCCUCCCGAUCCUACAACCCCUUCCACCUCAUCCCAAACAGCCUCUCCCAGAACCCAGAACCAGAACCCAACCCUGAACCCUCUCCCUCUACCUCUCCUGAAUCACCCGACUCCGAAUCUGAAUCCGAAUCCGAAAACGAAUGGGCAUCAGACUCCGAAACAGAAUCCGAACCAGAAUCCGAACCAGAACCCGAACCAGAACGAUCUCCCUCACCCUCGCCCAGACCCCUUUCCCCCUCCCCAAUCCUAACCCCAUCCUCCUCCACACCCAACCCCAACCCACACCACCAACCCAUAACCCUCCGCCUCGGUCCCUGCCGAUACAACACCAACAACAAAGAUAUCUCCCGGAAACACUGCUGCAGGUGUAAUUCCGGGCUCUGCAGUCGCGAAAUCCGAAAAGUGAAUCGGAAUGAUGCGUGCGAUGAAUGUGGACAUGCUUAUUAUGUGCAUCAGAAUUAUAGACGGGGGGAUUUGGGGGUUGUGGGGGUAGGGUGUGGAUAA